GCCACCGCCGCUCCGGCUUUCCGCGUCUUCGAAACCGCCGCCACCUGUCGGGACCUGCCCGCCCCCCGGUAUAAAGCCCCGGGGACGAGCCCUGCCCCCCGGAGUCGGACCCCCAUGGAGACACUGCUGGGGACAGCGCACGGCCGGAAGCUGGAAGGAACUAGGAGCUUGAGCCUUCAGGAAGAGAAGGAUGAACGUGGACCAGAGGUCCCCCGAGGUCCUUACUCCUCGAAGUGAGGGCCCUUCCCAUCAAGCCAGUCCUGCCAUGAGUCUUUCGGUUGUCCAGGAGAAUGCCUCCUUGGGACCCAACAGCCUGGGCCCCCUUCCUAGACUUCGGGGGAGCCCCCAAACCAGCCGGCCUUGCUCCCCACACAACAGAAGUGUGAUGGUGGCCCCAGAGCCAGGCCACCCAGAAGGGUUGGAUGAUACAGAGCUACAGAUGAAAGUGGACUUUUUCCGGAAACUAGGCUACUCAUCUGGGGAGAUCCAUGGGGUCCUACACAAGCUGGGACUUCAGGCUGACACCAACACUGUCCUGGGUGAGCUGGUGAAACAUGGGCCAGCCACAGAGCGGGAAGCCUCACUGGAUGGGCCCACAGAGCUGCCUCUGGUGCCCCGAGGCGGAGGGACCCCAAAGGCACCCUCCCCUUCCUCUCUGCCCCCUGAGGACAAGGAAGCCAGUAACCUGAGGCCAGUGGUCAUCGAUGGGAGCAAUGUAGCCAUGAGCCAUGGAAAUAAGGAGGUUUUCUCCUGCCGGGGCAUCUUGCUAGCUGUGAACUGGUUCCUGGAGCGCGGCCACUCAGAUAUCACAGUUUUUGUACCACUGUGGAGGAAGGAGCAGCCACGCCCCGAUGUGCCAAUCACAGAUCAGCACAUUCUUCGUGAGCUGGAGAAGAAGAAGAUCUUGGUAUUCACACCAUCCCGACGAGUGGGGGGCAAGCGGGUCGUGUGCUAUGAUGACCGAUUCAUAGUGAAGCUUGCGUUCGACUCUGAUGGCAUCAUAGUCUCCAAUGACACCUACAGGGACCUGCAGUGUGAGCGGUUGGAAUGGAAGCGGUUCAUUGAGGAGAGGCUGCUCAUGUACUCUUUUGUCAAUGAUAAGUUCAUGCCACCUGAUGACCCCCUUGGCCGACACGGGCCCAGCCUGGAUAACUUCCUUCGGAAGAAACCUCUCAUGCUUGAGCACAAGAAACAGCCUUGUCCCUAUGGAAAGAAGUGUACCUAUGGAAUCAAGUGUCGCUUCUACCACCCAGAGAGGCCAAGCCAGCCCCAACGCUCGGUGGCAGAUGAACUUCGAGCCAAUGCCCGACUCUCCCCACCCCGGGCAUCUGCCAAAGACAAGAAAUGCCGCCAGCCCUCACCCACUCCAGCCCCUGGGUCCCUGCCUGUCAAGGAUGAUCGGGAACAUUGGCUGCCAGAGAAGAAGUUCCCAGGGGCCCAACAGGCUUCCGGAGGCAAUGGGGAUGGGCAGACUAAGGCCUACGCCCAAGGCAGGAGCCUGCCAAGCAUGAGCAGUAGCUUUGGCCCAGCAGACUGGCCCCCCCCUCCCCUAGACUCCCUCUCUUAUCUUUCCCAAGACUGCCUGGAUUCAGGCAUUGGCUCCCUGGAAAGUCAAAUGUCAGACCUCUGGGGCAGCCGGGGGAGUAGCAGCCAUGGGGAGUCUGGGGAGCCUCCCAGGACUGGGGGCAGUGGCAGCAACCAACAGAGGUGCACCUUCCUAGGCCGAGGUCACCUCCUGACCUAUGGCCCCGAGCACCCCCCUGGCCCUUCAUCUCUCUCCUUCUCGGGCUACGGGCGCCCUGUGGGCACUGGGCAGUUUAGCAUCCCAGCAGAGUACCCUCCACCUCUGGGGUAUGCACCACGAGAGUAUUGGUCAGAGCCAUACCCAAUGCCCCCACCCACAGCAGCUAGGGUUCCCCCAACCCUUCGGGAUCCUCACCUACUUAAUGCUCCAGCAGCCUAUGGUGCUGAAGCAGCAACAUGGGGAGCUGGGACAGAUAGCUUCACCAAGGAGCGGGCCAGCCUGCGUGUAAAGCUCUGUGGCAUCUUCCCCCCACAUCUGGUGGAGGCUGUGAUGAGACGCUUCCCGCAGCUCCUGGACCCCCAGCAGCUGGCAGCUGAGAUCCUCAGCUACAAAUCUCAGAACCCAAGUGGGUGAGCUAUGGAGAGUUCCCAGUGCUACUCAUAGCCCUCAGGGUGUGGGCAUGGGGUGGGGGCUGCCUUGGUCUCCCACGGACCCCAGCCUAACUAUGACAGUGCCCCCAGUCUGUCCCUGGAGUUACUGGGACACUACAUGGACCAAGCUAGUUUUUAACAACUCCCAUUGUCUUGGCACAGGAACCCUGUGGGUUCCUGAGCAUCAGCCUGAGGGAGAAUCUUAUAAAAAAGGGAUCCCAGAAACCAAAGAAAUACUGUAACAAUUGAUUCUGGUCAUGGACUAAUGAAGACUCUCUUUAUCUAACCCAAGCCUCUGUCUUUCUCAUGUCUCUGUUCUGCAUGUCUCUUUUCUCCCCCUCUGACUCUCCUGUUGUUCUUUCCUCUGAUUUUCUCUUGUCUCACUCUCUUAACUCUCUUCUGUUUCUGUCCCUCUCAUCUACCUCCUCUGGGUCUCUUUCUCUCUCAUCUGACUCUCUGCUCUGGAUCUCAGUCUCUGUUCAAGACCAGAAGCGAUUGCCCUGUUGGUACACAUUGUAUCAGAGUUUAAUGAUGAGACAAUAAUGUCUGUCCUGUGGCUGAUGCCCCAAGCCCUCUUUCUUCUUGAGGACAGGAAGGAGGGGAGGAGAAGCCAGGGAGGGGAGGAGUCUGUUCCCCUCCUCAGCAUCUCCGGCUCCCUCCCUCCAGGCUCUGUCCUUAGGAUAACAGCCUCUCACUGGCUGGUUCGGCACUGUGUGCCCUCCGAGGCCCUGGCCAGGGCCCCCCAACCAUGUACGCCAAUGAUGCCUCAGGGCCGGCGAGGUUUCAUGUUAGUAGUUAAGAAAAUGGUUUUUUUAAGAAUCUCUCUCUCCUUAUAUCUGCUGUGGCUACCUUGUCUACUUUAUAGUUUCCCUCUCUUAGGUGUAUUUUUUUUCUCCUAGACCCCUGAGAACCUGGGGCAGGGACGGCAGAGACUUGUACCUCCAAUAGGACUAUAUACCCAGAGAGUAUCAGUGCUAGUCUCAGACAGGUAUCUUUUACCUUCAUUGAGGGGCAGCCCUGCCUGUCCAGGGGGUAUGGGGGAGAUGGGUGGUAUAUUUUAGAUAGGAAGUGGUUGCUUCCUGCUGUAUUACCAAUAAAAAUUUGACUUUAGAUUA